UGUUUGGCUUUUGUCUGUAUAACGUGUAACUAUGAAGUUCUGUUCUUUUUAUUUUUCGGAUUUGUUUUAAGCUUUACAUCAAACGUACCACAGUUGAAGAGAAGCGCGAAGCUGCGAGGAAGAUUUACAUCAAGCGCAGGUCAACUACAUGUCUGUGUAAAGACCCCACAGACAAAAAUGGGGAGAAAGAAGAUUCAGAUUUCUCGGAUCCUUGACCAGAGGAAUCGACAGGUGACCUUCACAAAGCGUAAGUUUGGGCUGAUGAAGAAGGCCUAUGAGCUGAGUGUGCUUUGUGACUGUGAGAUUGCCCUCAUCAUCUUCAACAGCACUAACCGCCUCUUCCAGUACGCCAGCACAGACAUGGACAAGGUGCUGCUCAAGUACACUGAGUACAGCGAGCCCCACGAGAGCCGGACCAAUGCAGACAUCCUGGAGACCCUGCGUAGAAAGGGACUGGGGCUUGAAGGAGCAGAGCUGGACCCGGAGGAGGCGAUGCAGGUGGCAGCAGAGAAAUACCAGCAGCUAAACGAGGGCUUGGACCUUUCUAUUGCACGACAGCGCUACUAUGCUCCCCCUCUCCACCCAUCUGAGGCCCAGUAUUUGGUGUCAGCGGGUUGUGAGAAUGGAUUCCCUGUUGCAAAUCCCCCCAGCUCCAACCUGGGGUCACACCGAAGCCCAGCUUUCAAACCUGUCGGUCCCAAAUUAGGCUCUGCAAGCCCGGCUGGCCCCCACACACUCUCUACGCUCAUACCACCACACUCAGGCAUUGGCUAUUCGAUGUUCUCCCAUGGCAACCUAAGCAGAGCCUUGGAGAUGAAGACUCCACCUCCCCUGAACCUGGGCUAUGAGAACAGGCGUGCCGAAGCACACCCUGGUCUGCCUGGUGCCCGCACCAACCUAAGCAGUGUGAGAGUGCUUUACCAGGGCAUGCACACUGGGAACCACAUGAUGGCCAUGGGAAAAGCAGGCCUGCUGGGUAAUGGUCUGGGGGAGUAUGGCCUCUCAUCUGGAGGCCCUCCUGAAUACCCCCACCCAGGUUUCUCCCACUUACAGCACAACUCGGUGAGUUCCUGGCAGCUGUCUCAGCACCAAGAAGCAAAUGUGUCUCACACCAACCAAGGGGUGUCCAGCGGAGGGUGUUCUUUCUCUGCACAGACCUCUACACCGACUCCGCCACCUCAGUCAUCCCUCAGCCUCAGCAUCAAGGCAGAGCAGGUCUCCCCCGAGCACACCUGCUCCCCAGCCACGCCCCCUAUGCACCACAUGGUGCAGCAUUCACCCGCCAGCAACCCCAGCUCAGUAAGCCACGCCCCUCAGGAGACAUACCCUGCUGGUGAGAGGGAGGAUUUCCAAAAAGGGAGCUACCCGUCCCAGCACGGUGUGCCUAAGACCCCAUCGGAGGACAAGGUGCGGCUCCCGACCAGGCGAUUAGAGGUCACGGACGGGUGGCAGAGAUAGCUGGGCAGCACUGCUCCUCGGGCGGGUCCGCAGCUCUCCA